UGAAAACUUUAUGUGGGUUCUACGUAAAUCAUUGAAAUACACGUUUUAUAAAGUUACAAUGGACACAUACGUUACAAAUAAGAAUAACAUUAAUUUAUUUUUCUUACUUAAUUCGAAGCUUCAAAGCAGUCUGACCUCGCCAAUUGAAAUUUAAAAGUUUGUGAAUUCCCUUGAAGCAUUGAUACUCUACGUACAACUGAUCCACCACUUCAAAAUGGCCGCAAUGUCUGAGCAGGAGAUCGCUGGAUACAAGGAGGUGUUUGAUAUGUUUGAUCUAGAUGGCAGUGGAUCUAUUUCUUCGGGUGAAUUGAAGGUGGCGUUGGAAGAAAUGGGUCAUAUGCCUACAGAUGAAGAAGUUCAGGCGUUGCUUAAACAGAUUGAUGCCGAUGGUAGUGAUAAAGUAGAGUGGGGAGAAUUCUUAGCCAUGUUCCAAGCGAAGCCAAAGAAACAACAUACAGAAGCGAAUCUCCGAAAGGCGUUCAGGGAAAUUGAUAAAGACAAAAGCGGGAAAAUAUGCAGUAAUGAGGUCAAACAGUUCCUAAGGAAAAGUGGUAUCGGUGAAGACAUCAUACCAGAUGGUGAAAUUGACGCGAUUAUUGCUGAAGUUGAUACAUCCGGGGAUGGAAAGAUCUCUUUUGAAGAGUUCCUAAGAAUGAUGAACGCUUAAAAUACAACUUUUUCAAACACAUUUGGUCCUGGACUAUUUUCAUAUUAAAUAAUAUCGUUGAUAUAAUUUUUCUUUUCUUCAGUUAGCUCCAUAUUUUUAUGAUUUUGUAGUCACUUUGAAAAUACAGAGGUUGUUCAUUUUAUACAACGUGAAACGAUGUUUUAUGUUUACUGUGAACAAUUUUUAAUUUGAUCUAUAUAAGCUUACGUAGGUGGUUGGUAAUCUACAAUAUCAGGGGAUGGAAACGCCGUUCGAAAA